AUGCUUACAGGCGAAAGUAAACAUACAGAAGAGGGCGGAGAAAGUGCUGGGGACAAGCAAAAAGACUCUACGAUGUUGGGCAAAGUCGCCAAGUUCGUUGGGCUGAAAAAGGACGAGCCAGAAGUCGACGAAAAACAAGAUACAGUGGGAGUUGUGAUGUUCUUCGGCGGAAUAUGGUGGCGCAAGACACGUUUCCUCCCACGCAAGUGGAAAGAAAUAGCGGAGAAGAAGAGGCAAGAAACCCUUGGUGACGAUCCUGAUGAGACUUUCAGCGUGUUCGUCGAGGACCCUCAAGGGACUGCGAGUGACUCGGAGGAAGAUUGUCUUGAACUUGCUCCGGGUGUUGUUGGGGGUCUUCCUUACGAUGGCUUGCCGACGUACAAUGACAGCUUUGAGAUGUAUGAGGACGAUGGAGAAGAAGAAGAAGAAGAAGAAGAAGAAGAAGAAGAAGAAGAAGAAGAGGAGGAGGAAGAAGUGAAAUAG